CCCGCCUAGCCCCACCCUGCUCCUGAGAAGUCAGACGACGAGACGAGACGUCUGUGUGUGUCUGUCUGUCUGUCUGCGGUGUCUGCGUGCGCGCCAUGGCCGAUAUCUCCGAGAUUGAGGCGAGAAUCGAGGCGCUGGAGCGCGCCCUCUGCGGUGGCCGCCCGCCCGCCAAACGCCUCCAGUGUGUGGAUGCCCUGACGAAGAUUCAGGCGACGUUGGACGUGGCGGCGGGCAAGAGGGAGCGCGUGAGGACCCUCUUCAAGAAACUGGAUGAGUUGCUACGGGUGCUGGAGCCUGGGCAGUCCCUGUCUCCUGCGGUUCCUGACUCCGUCAAACUCCAGAUCAUCCUCUCAGGAGAGGCGAUGUUAAAGACCCAGGCGGGGCUCUUGGAGGAGGUGGAGCAGCUGAUUCCUCUGCUGGAGAGCCAGUCCCUGCAAGCGAUCCCUGGCUACUCGGGGCAGCUGCAGGCGCUCACGCAGGUUCACGUCCGUCAGCAGGAUGAGUGUGCGGCGGUGGAGAAUGAGGUGAAGACGCUGGUGGAGGAAUACAACCGGACGCUGCUGCUGCUGUCGCGUCAGUUUGUGCAGUGGGACGAGGCGUUGACGCGCGUCGAGGUGGCGCGAGGUGCCCGCAGGGUGCUCGACUGACGAGGGCCGAGGCUGCGAAGAACCCACGGGGUCAACACACACGCCCACCCGCACACCUCGCCCACCCACCCACACACCUCGCCCACUCGCCCACUCGCCCGCACACCCACACACCUACCCACCCGCCCACCCACCCACCGCACACCCACACACCUACCCACCCGCCCACCCACCCACCCACCACACACCCGCCUACCCGCCCACCUACCCACCCACCCACUGCACUCGGCACACGGCACUCCGCACACCGCACACGUCACGUCACACCGCACACGGCACACCGCACACGGCACACGGCACGUCACACGGCACAAGCCACAACGUUUGCAAUCCGAGUUCUGUGACAUUUCACCAGUCGUCACAGCCACCAGCUUCAUCAGGCGACGCCCACAUUCGUGGAGAAACCCUCCACCUCGAUUUAAAGCUUUCGUGACUGCAGGGCUUCAUCUUCUUGUGUCUUUCGGUAAAGUCAUCACGUAGAAGGGAAAUAAUAAAAUAAUAAAAAUAUAAUAAAAUAAUUUUCGCGGCGUUUUGGCUACAACGAAAGAUGGCUGCUUGCGUUGUAGCCGAAACGUCGUGAGAAUUGUAUUUUAUUAUGUUUUAUUUUUAUUAUUUUACUACUUCCCUUCUACGUGACGACUUUACCGAAAGAACCAAGAAGAUGAAACCCUCCCACCUGUUUUCGUUCCUUACGCAGAGGCGCAGAUGUGAUGUCCACGCUUGUGCAAAGUGGCGGCGGUGGUGGUGGUGGUGGUGGGGAGGAGAUUACUGUAGCAAUCUACCAGCCCCGUGGUCUUGUACUUGCUUGCCCAUUGUGUGUGCUACAACAGCUUCCCAUAGAAAGCUUGCCCGGCAGAGGUCGCAAACGGGUUUUGAUUCCUUAACCGUUCCCAUACCCGGCCGCACCAGGGUCGCAAACGGGUACCCGUACCCGGCCGUACCCGUACCCUACCCGAUACCCGGCUACCCAUACCCGGCCGGGUAUCGGGUAGGGUAUGGGUAGGGUACGGGUACCCGAUUGCGACCUCUGGGAUGAAGCCAUGUUGCAGGCGCGGGUGGGUUGAUUCUAGGCACUUGAAUUGUGAGGAGACAAGACGUUGGGAAAUGAGUGACAAACGGUGACUCGCCAGUGACUCACGGCCUACCCGUACCUGGCCGGGUAGCCGGGUCGCCGGGUAUCGGGUAGGGUACGGGUAUCGGGUACCCGGUUGCGACCUCUGUUGCCCGGGUAGGGAGUCGAACCCCCGGGGCGAGGGUCGAACUCGUGGCCUGAACUCUUUGGGGGGCCCUCCCCCCCCCCCUUUCGGCCGUGUCGCCCGUACGCUGUGCGCGUCAUGUCACCCCGCGCUGUAAACGCUCCGUAUUUAUCAAAUAAAAGCCGAUGACGAUGAGG